UGCAUCAUCAUCAUCAUCAUUAUAAAUUUUUUUUUUCAUUUUCUUGUUGAAUUAAUACUUGAGUGAAGUGAACAUGUCAUCGAAGAUAUGACCAAACCCAAAAAAAAAUGAUUUGAUGAUUAAAUCGAAUGUGUUUACAAUUGUACCCUUGUAACGAUAUUUUAGCUAUAAAGAAGCCAACAUUCGAUCAUAUAUUCCUAUAUGAUUAUAGUGCACAUCAAAAGAUUGGCAUUUUGUUUUCUUUGAACAUAGAAAAAAAAACAUUCAAAUUUCCAUCAUUACAAUAUGAAUGUGAAAAAUAAUAUUUUCAUCCACAUGUUUUUCGGUUUGGCCUUUUUUAUUUCAGGCUUGUUUAUCAAUGUGAUUCAAUUCAUUCUAUACAACACGUUGGCAUGGAUCGAUAUACAACGUUUCAGGCGAAUCAAUUUUUAUUUAAACUAUUCAAUGUGGUCACAAGUUGUUGCGUUAGGACAUUGGUGGGCCGAUACCGAAUUGACCAUUUAUUAUCCGGAUGAAAAUUCUUUAAAACUUUCCGCUCCAAAUCAUAUGCUAUGCCUGAUGAAUCAUACAUUUGAAAUCGAUUGGGUCAUGUCAUGGCUGGCCGUUGAUCAUUAUCAAAAACUUGGUAAUGCCAAAUCGUUUGUGAAAAGAUCAUUACGUUUCAUACCAAUAAUUGGUUGGAGCUGGAUAUUUGGCGAAUUCGCCUUUCUCGAACGAAAUCUGGAAAAAGAUUCGGCAAACAUUGUGAAAGCAUUGAAAAAUUUCCUACAAUUCGAACAUCCUACAUCGUUGUUAUUCUUUGCCGAAGGUACCAGAUUUACGGAACAAAAACAUGAAAACAGUAUCCAAUUUGCUAAAGAACGUGGCCUACCGGAACUCAAAUAUCAUCUAUUACCACGGCCCAGAGGUUUUAACUUGGCCGUUCGAACAUUCAAAGAAGAAAAAAAAGAUGUUCUAGUCGCUCAAAUUCAAUUGAGAUUUCCCAAAAAUCAACCUGAACCAUCAUUUACAACAUUAUUACGUGGCGAUAAAUUAAAAGCCGAUAUGUAUGUACGCAUAUUUCCGUUGAGCGACAUUCCAACCGAUAGUGAAAAAGAAACCACUGAUUGUCUGUACAAGAUUUAUCAAAAUCAAGAUGAAUUGGCUGAUUAUCAUGAAAAAAAUGAUUGCUUUCCUGGCGUCAAAACGGUCGUUCAUCGUCGAAAGGCAUCAUUGUUGAAUCUGAUGGCAUGGACUGGCGUUACAUCCAUACUGUUGCCAUAUCUAUUGGCUAAAAUUGUAAUCAACAGUAGUUGGCUUGUUAUCAGCAUCAUUGCUGCCAUUAUCGUAUUUGGUCUGUUCUCAUUCAAGAUGAUGAUCGAUUCGACCAAAGUGAAUAAAUCAUCAUCUAGUUAUGGUAUGGAGAAUAAGAAAAAACAACAAUAGUUUCACAUUCUAUUUUCCAAUAUAAUUGUCAUUGUUAUACUUGAGAAAAAAAAUAAGACUUUGAAAUUUAAUAAUAAAUAUAUGUCUAAAUUUUU